AGGAACGCAGGAAAGGAGCCACCAACGACACCACCAGCCAGAAAACCGCCACAGCCGCUUUGGAUAUCUUCAACGGAAUCAAAGAGCAACUUUCAAGUUGCCCCGAACGCACCCGCGUCCUCUGCCGAACUGUAUGGGGGACCCUGUCGCUGUCCCUUAGCACAGCGCUACAAGCGGCGAGCAUCGAGGACGCUCGAGGCGAUCCCGAUCCAGGCGGAGGCGGAGGUGGUCCAGGUGGUGUUGGCGCCGGCGUAGGCGGUGGAGGUGGAGGCGGGGGCGGCUCUGGUCGCUUUGCCACCAUAAUGGGUGCUGUCAAGUCGCGUUCCAUCACCAGCGCCGAUGUGGACGCCGAUGUGGAUCCCCAUCAUCCUCAUGUCCACUCGAUGCUGCGCAACAAUGGCCAUUCGGCCUCCAGUGGCAGUGGCACGUUGCAGAAGCAGGAUCUGCGCUAUGACAUCGGCUGCAGUUCCCAGUACCAGCAUGUCCGCCAGCCGAGCCUGAGGAGUCGGAGCCAACAGCCCAUGCCCACCACGGAUGAGCUGGACAGGCGGUUUGCCAAAGUUUUGGCUUCGAUGGAUCUGCCACCGGAUAAGGCAAAAUUGUUGCGAAACUACGAUGACGAGAAGAAGUGGGACAUGAUUUGCGAUCAAGAAAUGGUGCAGGCCAAAGAUCCACCCUCACAUUACUUGAGUAAACUGCGAACCUACCUGGACCCCAAGGCCUCGCGCAGUCACCGGCUUUACCUCUUCUACUUUCUUUGUCAGAAGCGGAAAAUGGUCGGCGAGUCAACGUCGACCCAGGUGCUCCGGGAUCUGGAGAUCUCGUUGCGCACCAAUCACAUCGAGUGGGUGAAGGAGUUCCUGGACGACACCAACCAGGGGCUGGACGCCCUCGUCGACUAUCUCAGCUUCCGGCUGCAGAUGAUGCGCCACGAACAGCGCCUCCAGGGGGCGUUGUGUGCCUCCGAGGAGAUUCAGUAUCUCACCAGCGGUGGUGAUGGCAGCGAGAUCGUCCUGGGCGGCAACAGUAGUUCCAUUAGUCCGGGCGGUGGUGGAGGGGGAGCCCUGGCACAUGGCGGCAAUGGCCUGGCCAAUGGCUCCCUGCUGAUGGACUCGCGUCACCAGCCGCAUGGGCAGCAGUCGCUGUCCUACGGAUUCCUGCGACCAGCCCUGCCGGACGCGCUGGACAGUCCCAGUCUGAAGCGGCGGUCGCGGCACAUCGCCAAGCUGAACAUGGGGGCGGCCACCGACGACAUCCAUGUGUCCAUCAUGUGCCUGCGGGCCAUCAUGAACAACAAGUACGGGUUCAACAUGGUCAUCCAGCACCGGGAGGCGAUCAACUGCAUCGCCCUCAGCCUCAUCCACAAGUCGCUGCGGACCAAGGCCCUGGUGCUGGAGCUGCUGGCGGCCAUCUGCCUGGUGAAGGGCGGGCACGAGAUCAUCCUGGGCUCGUUUGACAACUUUAAGGACGUGUGCCAGGAGCAGCGGCGCUUCCAGACCCUCAUGGAGUACUUCAUGAACUUCGAGGCCUUCAACAUCGACUUCAUGGUCGCCUGCAUGCAGUUCAUGAACAUCGUGGUCCACUCGGUGGAGGACAUGAACUACCGGGUGCAUCUGCAGUACGAGUUCACGGCCCUGGGCCUGGACAAGUACCUGGAGCGGAUACGGCUGACCGAGUCCGAGGAGCUGAAGGUGCAGAUAUCCGCCUAUCUGGACAACGUGUUCGAUGUGGCCGCCCUGAUGGAGGACUCGGAGACGAAGACGGCGGCCCUGGAGCGGGUGCAGGAGCUGGAGGAUCAGCUGGAGCGGGAGAUCGAUCGCAACUCCGAGUUCCUGUACAAGUACGCGGAGCUGGAGUCGGAGAACAUAACCCUGAAGACGGAGCGCGAGCAGCUGGCGAUAGUGCGCCAGAAGCUGGAGGAGGAGCUCACCCUGCUCCAGCGCAUGCUGCAGCACAACGAGCAGGAGCUCAAGAAGCGGGACACCCUCCUCCACACCAAGAACCUGGAGCUUCAGACGCUGAGUCGCUCCCUGCCGCGUUCCGCCUCCAGUGGCGAUGGCUCCCUGGUCAACGGUGGCGGCCUCUUGGCCGGCUCCACCUCAGGAACAUCCAGCUUGGCGCCACCACCACCUCCACCACCGAUGCCCUGUUCGCCAGUGGCAUCGGCUGCCCCGCCACCACCACCACCGCCAGCUCCACCGGCGCCACCGCCGCCGCCCAUGAUGCCCGGACUGAGUCCGAUGGUCAGUCCCAAUGGCAGCAUGACCUCGACGGUGCCCUCGCCCCCGCAUGCCACGCCCUCGCUCAGCUCCUUCCAUCCGCCGCCACCGCCUGCAGCCGGCUUCAUGCCCGCUCCCGACGGCGCCAUGACCAUCAAGCGCAAAGUGCCCACCAAGUACAAGCUGCCCACCUUGAACUGGAUAGCUCUGAAGCCGAACCAGGUGCGCGGUACCAUUUUCAACGAGCUGGACGACGAGAAGAUCUUCAAGCAGAUCGACUUCAACGAGUUCGAGGAGCGCUUCAAGAUCGGCAUCGGUGGCGCCCUCCAGAACGGCAGCAGUGGCACGGAGGUGGAUGGAUCGCUGCAGUCCAGCAAACGCUUCAAGAGGCCCGACAAUGUCUCCCUGCUGGAGCACACGAGGUUAAGAAAUAUUGCAAUCUCCCGUCGAAAGCUGGGCAUGCCCAUCGACGAUGUCAUCGCUGCCAUACACAGUCUGGACCUGAAGAAGCUGUCGCUGGAGAACGUCGAGCUGCUGCAGAAGAUGGUGCCGACGGAUGCCGAGGUCAAGUCGUACAAGGAGUACAUCAUCGAGCGAAAGGACCAGCAGCUGCUCACCGAGGAGGACAAGUUCAUGCUGCAGUUGUCCCGCGUGGAGCGCAUCUCGUCCAAGCUGGCGAUUAUGAACUACAUGGGCAACUUUGUCGACAGUGUCCAUCUCAUAAGUCCACAAGUGCAAUCGAUAGCCGGAGCUUCCAACUCCCUGAAACAGUCGCGAAAGUUCAAGGCGGUCUUGGAAAUAGUCCUGGCCUUUGGCAACUACUUGAACAGCAAUAAGCGAGGACCCGCCUACGGCUUCAAGCUGCAGUCCCUGGACACCCUGAUCGACACGAAAUCCACGGACAAGCGGUCCUCCCUGCUGCACUACAUUGUGGCCACCAUUCGGGCCAAGUUCCCGGAGCUGUUGAACUUCGAGAGCGAGCUUUAUGGUACGGAUAAGGCUGCCUCGGUGGCCCUGGAAAAUGUGGUGGCGGAUGUCCAGGAACUGGACAAGGGCAUGGAGCUGGUGCGCAAGGAGGCGGAGCUGCGGGUGAAGGGCGCCCAGACGCACAUCCUGCGCGACUUCCUCAACAACAGCGAGGACAAGCUGAAGAAGAUCAAGAGCGAUCUGCGCCAUGCCCAAGAUGCCUUCAAGGAGUGUGUGGAGUACUUUGGUGACUCCUCCCGGAAUGCCGAUGCGGCGGCCUUCUUCGCCCUGAUCGUUCGCUUCACAAGAGCGUUUAAGCAACACGACCAGGAGAACGAACAGCGUCGAAGACUGGAGCAGGCAGCUGCUCUGGCCGCCUCGAAGAAGGAGAGCGACCAGGUGCUCAUGCGCAACAAGGUUAACCAGAAGAAGCAGCAGUUGCCCUCAACCUGCGCGCUCUCCUUGCAGGACGCCGUCAUCAAUGAGCUGAAGAGCAAGGCGCACUCGGUGCGGGAGAAGAAGCUGCUGCAGCAGGACGAAGUCUACAACGGUGCCCUCGAGGACAUACUGCUGGGCCUGAAGAGUGAGCCGUAUCGGCGGGCGGAUGCAGUGCGUCGGUCGCAGCGCCGUAGGAUCGACAAUAACCGGCUGUCGCGGACGCUGGAGGAGAUGGAUUGCUAGACUAGGGCGACCACUAAUAUUGGCAACGAAAAUCGAACGGAGAACGACUGGAGUGGAUUAGAGAGUUACUGCAAUAUGUGAUUGGGCGAUUAAA